AAAGGGAACUGAAAUGCUGUUGUUGUUUGAAAUCUAGAAUAUCUGUAGAUUUUUCAAACGACAGAUUAUUGCUAUUACUUACAUGGUGAUAUCCCCCAUAGAGCCCAAUCGGGGCUCCAUUGUGCUAGGCAUUAUAGAAACAUAUAACAAAAAGAUGUUCCAGCCCCCAAUAACUUACAGUCCAAGUAAAAGACAAGCAAUAACAGGUGGAUACAACAAAUAAACAGAACACAAGGACUCAAGAUGGACUUUUUGGCUUUCUUCAUAAUUUAUCUGCUAUUAGUUCUGGCUAGUGUUGUUCUAGUCUGCAUCUAUUCAGGAAGGAAACAGAGUUUUCCUGCAAGAGGCCUCAGUUGUAUAACUCAGGUAUCUUCAUUUGUAAUCCCAACACGGCUUCAAAGAGCAACACAGAGAGUGCUUCACAGGCUCUUCCACACACGAAGUUGUCUGUUCAUUGUCCUGCACUUAGCCUUACAAGUGGCAGUUUAUGGUGAAUACACUUGGGAAGUAUUUGGCUACUGCAAAGAGAUGGAGUUCAGCAUUCAUUACCUUCUGCUGCCAUAUUUGUUGCUGGCUGUGAAUAUGGGAUUUUUCAUUCUGUGCUCUGUGACCAACCCUGGUACAAUAACACAAUCAAAUCAGGAGUCAUUUCUUAAGGCUUAUGCAUAUGAUGGAGUAAUGUUUCAGAAAAGCACCAUGUGUCCUACAUGCAACGUGGAAAAGCCAGCCAGAUCUAAACACUGCAGUGUAUGUAACAACUGUGUACAUCGUUUUGAUCACCACUGUGUUUGGGUCAACAACUGCAUUGGUGCCUUCAAUACAAGAUAUUUUUUCAUUUACCUCUUCACUCUGACUGCCAUGGCUGCAAACCUUGCAAUCAUAACAGCAGCAUUUCUAAUCCAAGUAGUGCUGCUAUCAAAUAUAAUGCUUGGAAGUUACAUUGAUGAUCAGGGGCAAGAGCAUGCAAUUGAGAUUCUCUUUCUUAUUCAGCACCUGUUCCUGACGUUUCCUAGAAUUGUCUUCAUGCUUGGUUUUGUUAUUGUCCUAUCUCUGGUGCUGGGGGCGUAUUGCUGUUUCACUCUGUACCUGGCCCUGACUAACCAAACAUCCAAUGAAUGGUAUAAAUCUAGAAGAUAUGAAUGUUCUUGCUGUCAGGUGUUGCAACCCCAUGACAGGCACAUUGUUUACAGAAAUGUUUAUUCUCAAGGAGUUUGGGUCAAUUUAAAGGAAAUCUUUAAACCUCCUACAAGUUCAGAAAAAAAGAAAAAAACAUGAGGAAAUAGUUACAUGUUUUAAAAUCUAUAUUUAUUUUUUAAACUUUUCCCAAAGGAUUUAACUCCAUGAAGCGCUUUUUGCCAGCACCAAGGACCCUUGAAAUGAUACUGUGCUUUUCAUUAAGUGCUGUAGCUAAAGAGUUUUUUUUCUCUAAAUGACUCAAUUAUAAAAUAUAUUUUUAUAAAGCUGAUCAUUGUCUGUGGUGUUUGCCGAACUUCUAGAAUCAAUGUCCUAGUUAUUAGCACUGGGGACUAAGCCAUGGCUUGUAGGCCUCUUUAGAAAAUAGCUCCUUUGGACGUCAUUGUAGCUCAAUAUUUCUUAAAACGUUUUCUAUCAGUACGUUCUUUGGGUAACAGUGUUAAAGCAAAUAUACUGAACUUGAAUUGGCUAACCAACUUCCAUGUGUGUUAAGGACUAAAUAUAGUAAACAUAUUUAGCAGGAACCUCCACAUCUUAUAUCUAAUGUUUUUGUAACUAUGAAAAUGAAGCCUUUGAAGAACUGCAUAGAAGUGUUUUAGCAAAUGAACGUACAAGUCCUUAAAAGAAGCCAUUUCACGGUAUCUUAAGGUGAACAGAUCAUGACUCUACUAAUUAAUAUGUCUUAAAUCUUACUAUUGUGUAGCUUCAUCACACCUAUGUGAAUGUAUCCAAUAUUAUACUACACAAUACAGCUCUUUUUGGAUUUAUACAUUAUCUAGGUCUUGCUUCCCUGGGAAGGCAGUGGCUCUUGUAUGGCUGCAUUAUGUGAUUGUUGAGAGAGCAGAAGUUCAGGCUGGGAUCACACUACUUCUGUUUCCACCUCAUCUUUGAGGGGCUAAGAAAAUAUUGUAUUCUGUAUUUGCUUAGAAUAUUGCAAAUAGAUUUGCUUAGAAUAUUG